AUGUCCACAAUCACGAACCAGUCGACACAGUACAACAGCAUAGUCUCCGCCUACAGCAGUCUCUACCCCACUUCGGGACCUUCAGCCUUUCCACCGGCACUCCUAGAAGAGGCACAGGUCCAGACCGCCUUGAACAGACCAGACAUCGACGUUCGGGGCAAGCGAGUCCUUGACCUCGCCUGCGGUAAUGGCUACUACUCGCUGCGAUACCUGCUCUGGGGCGCCGCGAGCGUCACAGGUGUCGACAUCUCGUCUUCCAUGGUUGACGCCGCCUGCGCCGAGGCGCUCAAACAGGGCAUACCAGACUCGAAACUGAAAUUUGUAGUCGCGGAUGUCACAGACGAGAAGGUGUACAUCGAUGGUGGACCGUUCGAUAUUGUUGCCAGUGCGUGGCUGCUCAACUACGCUCCUGACACUCCUACCAUGACCAGGAUGUGGGACUUUGUCGCCCUUCAUCUCAAACCCGGCGCUGCUUUCGUUGGCUUAACUAUUGCACCAUUGCACAACGCGAGGAGAGGUAAGCUGGCGCUCGAGCAGGAAGCCGCCAUGUUGAACAUCACCCUGGCCCCAGACGGCGCAUUUGGGAAGCUCGGCAAUCGUGGGCGGGUAUUGGGUUUCGUCGAGGAAGGACUGAAGGUCGAGAUUGAGCUCGGCUUCAAGGAUCUCGGUCAGGAUGUCGCCAUGUUUGAGAAUUACUAUCUCGGCAUCGAGUCGUUUCGAGAUUCAAUCAAAGCCUCUAGGAUUGGUGGAUCUGAGGCAUUCGAGGGUAUUGAAUGGCAAGACUUUGUGAUCCCGAAGGAGCUGAAAGAUGCCCAUCCUGUUGGUCGCUGGAAUGAUAUGGCUAUCUGGCCUCUGUGCAGGGUGUGCGUUGCAAAGAGAGUGAAAUAG